ACAGCCACGACAGAGGAAAUUCAAGGCGCGUUCACCGUCGGCAAACUCACGGCGAGGCGGCUUGUGGAGUUCUACCUGGACCAGAUCGAGAUCCUGAAUCUGGUGCUUCACGGAUUGAAGUCAACCCCAACGCCCGGUGACUGGCCGGCGAGUCCGACCGGGAGAAGGAAGCGAGCAAAAGGACCGGUGUGCGUUCGCGCCGAUUGGGUGGACGGAAAUGAUGGCGACAUGGCAAUUGCGGGAGGAAAGGGUGGCGGCUUACUGGAGGAAGUGGCCCAUGCCGGUGUACGGAAAGAGGGUCCGCUGGGGCGGGUGAUUUUCCAACGCGACGGCGGAAACGAACGGAAGAUUGGAUUAGGAUGGCGGUGGCGCCGUCAGUGGCGGCGACGGCGGUCG